UGUGUGUGUGUGUGUGUGUGUGUGAUAUACUCAGUGUUAUUAAAUUUAACCUCGCACUGAUAAAAGUGUUUUCUUUUCAGGAUUUCACAAAGAUUGCCACAAAAGGAGAGCAAAAUGGUGAACUGUGGCCUGUUGACAAGCCAGAAUGCUCCAGUUCCACUGAAGCACAUUGAGGUGGAUCUGCAGGUUCAGGGGCAUGUAGCGACGGUGACCUCCACCCUGCAGUAUAUAAAUGAGGAAGCGCACCUGCUGGAGGCUGUGUUUGUCUUCCCCAUGCCUUCAGGAGCUGCUCUCUGCCAUUUCAGCGCCAAGAUUGCAGACCAGGAGAUAGUGGCUGAGGUGCAGGAGAAACAGGAGGCGCGGGAGCAGUACGACGAUGCAGUGAGUUCAGGUCAACAGGCCUUUCUGCUGGAGGAGAGUGAGGAGUCUGUGGACGUGUUCAAGAUGAGUGUAGGCUCUCUGCCACCAGGACAGAGCGCCGCCAUCACCUUCAUCUAUAUCACUGAGCUGAGUGUACAGGCUGACCAUUCACUGCAAUUCUGCCUGCCUGCAGUGCUCAACCCCCGCUACACACCAGCCGGUUCAGGUGGUGGUAUAGUGUCAGAGAUAACAUCAAGUUCUUCUGGUAUUCCCUACUCUCUCUCUUUUACUGCACACGUGAGUUCUCCAAACCCCAUCACUAAAGUGGAGUCCAAAUGUCCUCUAGAGCCCCUGAUGUUCCUCAACACAGACCACACAAAGGCAAAGGUAAGUCUUUGUGCAGGUCAUAUGUUUGACAGAGAUGUCGAGCUGUAUCUAUAUUAUCAGAAUCCCCAUCAGCUCACUGCUAUAGUGGAGGCUGGAUCUCCCUCAGCACAGCCAGGGACUCUCCUGGGAGACCCUGUGGUCAUGGUCAGUUUCUAUCCAGAGUUUCCUGAGUCAGUGAUGUCCUCCAUGUCGUCAUGUGGCGAGUUUGUGUUUGUUAUGGACAGAUCUGGCAGUAUGAGAUGCAGAAUGUAUCACGGACGAGGUGUACAAGAACGCAUCGAGUGUGCCAGGGACACUCUGCUCCUGCUGCUGAAGAGUCUCCCUAUGGACUGUUACUUUAACAUCUAUGGAUUUGGCUCUCACUAUGAAUCCUUCUUCCCGAAAAGUGUGCAGUACAGUCAGGACACUAUGGAGCAGGCCGUGAAGAAGGUAAAGGAGAUGCAAGCAGACAUGGGGGGUACGGAGAUUCUGCGACCUCUGAAAAACAUUUAUAAACAGCCUUGUAUCCCCAACCACCCAAGACAGCUGUUCAUAUUUACAGAUGGUGAAGUAGGAAACACCAAAGAUGUUCUUCAUUGUGUGAGGAGCAAUGCUAAUUUCCACAGAUGCUUCUCUUUUGGGAUUGGUGAAGGUGCAAGUUCUGCACUCAUAACAGGAUUGGCUGAGAACAGCUCUGGCCACGCCCAGUUCAUCACAGGAAAUGAGCGCAUGCAGGCCAAAGUAAUGCAGUCUCUUCGCUAUGCUUUGCAACCAGCAGUGAUUGAUAUCACUGAGGAUUGGACUGGUUUGUCUUUCACCCGUCUGAGCCCCCCGAUUAAUUCACUUUUCCAUGGUCAAAGAGCACUGAUUUAUGCCCAGUUGAAAGGAGAGGAAUGUCAGAAACCAGGUGCUAAGGGGAAAAUAUCAGUACAGUACUGCCUAGGAGACCAAGAGGUCUCAAACAUUGUCCACUUCUCCCUGAAGCCUGCUGAGAAUAGCGGACUGGCCAUCCACAGGCUGGGCGCUCGCUCUCUGAUCCGCUCUCUGGAAAGGGACAAGCAGGAUGAUGGAGCUGAUAAAGAGGCUCUGAAGGCCAGAGUGGUGGAACUGAGUAAGCAGUCUGGAGUGAGCAGCUCUCACACAGCCUUCAUAGCUGUCCAUAAGGGCAGCGGACAAGCUGUGAAAGGACCACUGGUGAAGAGGAGAAUUCCUACCCCUAGGAUACAGCAGCAGCAGACUGCACAAAUGAGUCUUCAUGGUCUCUGUAAGUGAAUGCUACAAUAAAUACUUCUUAAAAAUC